UGACUGGAGGUAAAGAGGUUUCAUGGAUAGAAUAAUCUGCUAACAUCGGGAAGAGCCGAAAAGAGGGUUGAAAAGUGGAUGUGUUGAUGCGAGACAAAUUGUUUUACAGACAGUAAUGUGUUCAGCUUAAAGCUUUUCUGUAAUAUCGUGGAGCUGUACGGGAAUUGGAUUAUGGGAACGCAAUAAAAUGGAAUGUCUGCUGGCAUAGUUAAAGACCAGCUUUCUGGUGUUUGUGGAACUUGUCCAGGAGAAGAGAAUCAACCAUGGACGUGGAUGAGUUUCCUCCCCCACCUCCUGAAAUGCUAGCAGACAAUGUCCCAUUUGAUGAUGAAGAUGAAGGAGAACCUUUCGACUUUGACAGUGGUGAUGACAUCCCUGAGGCGCCUCCAGCGCCUCCCUGCCUCCCCAGUGAGGAUUCCAGCCAGGCAAACUCUGUGACCGGUCAUCCUGAGGGCUCUUACAGCAUCCUGGGCCCUCCAGCACAGUUCUCCAACUCGGCACCAACAUCAGAGUACGCUGUAGUUGCCACAAGCAAACCCUCCUCUGCAGGCUGUGAAACAACAGAAACUGAAGAGACAUCUGUUGCUGAGGGAACUAAUGACAGGGAAGAGGAUUUACCACCACUACCGUCUCCACCUCCUCCUGUUGGUUAUGGCAUACAGGCAGAUCCCAGAAGCACAGACACUGACGUGGAGAGUGCAUCUCUGAAUGACCCACACCCUCCACAGGGUUUGCCCGGGACUUCUUCUCAGAGUAAAGUCAACCCUUACUCUGUGAUUGAUAUCACUCCCAUUCAGCUGCAGCAAGAGCAGCAACACAGACCCUCCUCUUCCACUUCCUCACCAAGGGAGUCGAAAGUACGAGAGGAAGAGGGCCAGGAUAUCCACACCAGCUCGUCCAGCAUUACUUCAGGAUACUCUGUGCCUGUGCCAUGUGGCUAUGCGACACCCUCUGGUGUACCGCUCAUCAUACCUGCCUACACCACACCCGUCAUCAUCCGACAUCUCUCCGUGGAUGAAGAUGUGACAGUAGUCGGGACCAGCAACACCUCUGCUGACAGUGUUUUCAGUGAAGAGUAUCCGGCUAUUGCAGAGGAAAAUGCUUUGGCUAAAUGGGCAUCAGAUCCUGCAAACACUGCUUGGAUGGAAAAUCCAGAUGAGGUGAUCUACGAUGAUGUCCCCAGAGAAAAUUCAGACUCUAACACAGAUCCAGAUGAGAUGAUCUAUGAUGAUGUGGAGCUCGGCGAGGAGGGCGGCUGCAGCAGCUCCCUCGAUAACGGCUGGAGCUCGAGUGAGUUUGAAAGCUACGACGAGGCGAGCGACGGGGAGGGUCGUCCUGAGAAUGGCCUGCCCCACGCAUUCAUGAGAGGAAAGCCACCACAGAGGAAAAUGCAUCUUUCUCAAGAUCUGACACGCUUGAAAGAACACUAUGAGAAAAAGAUGAAAGAGCUAAUGGCAAGUACAGUGGGAACUGUAGAGCUGCAGCAGUUAAAACAGAAACACGAGCAAAAGAGAAAGUUAGCUUGCUUUGAGGAUGAGUCUGAGAUCUUCAUUGAGGUGGACUGCUUCAAUGUUGAGCCUGUGCUUCCACCAGCUCCAGGAAACAAUGGCUGGAGAAUCAUCAAAACAAAAGAACGACGUCUCUUUCUGCUAAAUGAUGUCCUGAUGUGUGCCACACCCAAUAUCCGAUGCCAGGAUGGCAGUGGGAGUGGCAGUGGAAAUGCUCCACUUGACCAGAAGUUUCUCCUGAAGUGGAGUGUACCUUUAAACUUUGUAGAAGUGCUGGAGUUUGGAUCCAGUGAGGAAAUGGUCGAUAAUAGCCGAUACCCUGCUCCUCACUCUGGGGAGAAGGUGGUGAUCAACGCUAAGCCAAACAAACUUUACAUGGGCCCUGGUCAGCUGUACCAAGACCUGCAGAACCUAAUACAUGACCUUAGUUUGGUCAACCAGAUAGCUGGUAUGAUUGGCAGCCUCAAAGGGAACUAUCAGUCAGGUCUCCAGAGGCUAAUAUUGAAGAAGGAAGAAGAGAUCAGGGCAGCUGACCGGUGCAGGAUUCAGCUCCAGCUGCCUCAAACCAAGGCCGGUAAGCUCACAUACUUCAGUGCGGUGUUUAAUACACUCAGCCCAGCCAUCAAACAGUCAUGGAUCAGUAACCUGCAGAUGGCAAAGUUGGCUCUAGAGGAGGACAACCUGCAGGGCUGGUUCUUUGCAGAUGAUGACGGUAAUCAUAUCAAGAAGCAGAAACACCCCCUCUUGCUUCAACAGAUGCCUGUGGUAAUGUCAAAACUGCAAGAGUUCAAGGUGGAAUGUGCUGUUCACAACCCAGAGCCAUACAUAAACACAGAAAGCACAGCCGACUCUCCUGUAGUUGGCCAUGGAUGUGUCUGGGUUGCAAGUUGCACCAACCAGAUGGGUCAAAUUGCUAUAGUGGCCAUGCAGAACUCCAGCCCUAAAGUGACGGAGUGUUUCAAUGUGGAGUCCCGAAUCCUUUGCAUGGCUUAUGUCCCAACAGAGCAACUUAAGGAGGACGGUGAAAAGCUUUCAGAAAGCAAUUUCGCUCCCCCUGCAAAGGCCAGUGAUACCCCCACUGUCUGCUUAGGCAUGGAGGAGGGCAGUAUCAUUGUGUAUAAGAGCACCCAGCGGUCCAAGAAAAUACGUCUGCAACAUUUCUUCACCCCAGACAAGUCCACAGUCACCAGCCUGGUCUAUAAAAAACCCUGUCUGUAUGCUGGCCUGGUUAGUGGUGCCGUCGCCAUUUACUCCAGAUCACAAGAUGGUUCUUGGAGUUGUGAGAAGCCCAAGUUACUGAAACUUGGAGUCCUUCCAGUUAAGGCCGUACUGGCUGUAGAGGAUCACCUCUGGGCCUCUUCAGGUGGACAGGUUUUCAUCAUCAGCACACACACACACUGUGUGGAGAGGCAGCUGGAGGCCCACCAGGAAGAGGGCAUGGUGGUGUCUCACAUGGUGGUGGCCGGAGUGGGCAUUUGGAUCGGAUUCAGCUCCGGUUCAACUGUACGCCUCUUCCACACUGAGACCUUGGAACACCUGCAGGACAUAAACAUCGCCACAACCGUCAACAAUAUCCUGCCUGGAAACCAGAGAGUCUCUGUGAGCAGUCUGCUGGUUUGCCAUGGUUUGUUACUAGUAGGAACCAACUUGGGAGUGACUGUGGCGCUUUCUGUCCCCAGACUACAAGGAAUCCCCAAAGUAACAGGACGAGGAAUGGUGUCAUUACAUGCACACAAUGGGCCCGUCAAGUUCCUCACCAUGGCUACGGCGGUGCGUAACUGGUCGUCUAGCCUGCCAUCUUCCACUCCUUCCUCCUCACUCCAACAGAUAGAGUCUGUGGACGCAGACAGCACCCAGCCCGUGUCAGACACAGCCUCCAGUCCUCCUCAGGGACGGGGUGUGUGGCUGGGAGAGGCAGGCUGUACCACCAUGGCUCUUCAGGACUCUCUGUCCUCUUCUUCCUGUGGUUCCUUAGCUCCCUCCCAAGUUUCCCUGGAGCAUGGCCCAGAGGACGGGGCGUUGUACGACUUACUUCAUGACCCCGCCCAUCACCAAAGGGGGCGCCGCUCCAGCAAGAUGGAUGUCAGCUCUCUGCUAGUUGUGUCUGGAGGCCUGGGCCACCGUAGAGUCAACAAAAAGACCAAACAGUCUCGCCAUGAGGACAACACCUCCACCAUCAUGAUCUGGCAAAUACCAUUGCUGAACAUGUGACACCAAAACCCCAAUGAUGUUAGUCUAAAUACCUGAAAGCUUCACAAAAUCUUUCUCAUAUUUUCUUUUUAUGUUUUUGUUCUUUUUCAUGUUGAACCAAAUUAUCUGCAUAAGGUCCUCCAGUGAUGUCUACUAACAUUUCACCAAGUAUUUUGGAUCAAUCACACCAACUUAAUGGCCUAUUUUAUACCAAAAUGUGUACCUUCUGCUAUAUUACCAAGAUAUUUCAGCCUUGUAAAUGGGUUCUUAGUCAAAUCACUUAAUCACUUAUGCAAACAACUCCUACAAAUGGGUCAAAAAAUCUACUGUGCCUCGCAACAGUAUGUAUACCCCUGAAACUUUUUUCACAUGUUGCCACUUAAAAACCACACACUUCAAUGUAUUUAAUUGAAUUACUUGACAAUAGACCAACACAAAGUAUGGGGAUUCAACAUCUUUCAUUAAUGAAAUUCUCUUCAGUUACAGCUGCAAGUCUCUAGUGGUUCAAACCUGCCAGUUUUUAACAUCUAGAGACUGGAACUUAUCAGUUUUUAUUUGCAAAGAAGUUCAAGCUCUGUCUGAUUGGAAGGUAAUUGGAAAGUGCAAAUCUGUGAUUUGCACUUUCCAAUUCUUGACACAGUUUGGAGAAUUUUUUUGAGUCUGCCUUUUAUUAUGUCAUUCUAGUACAUAAAUGUCCUAAUCAAUUUAAGCCAUUUCAUUAUAGCUCUGACUCCAUGUUUAGGUUCAUUGUCCUGCUGGAAGGUGAACCUUUGUGCCACUUUUAAGUAUUUUGCUCUGUGUAUUUAGUCUGAUGCACAGAGUCGGUUUUUGCCUCCUCAUAUACUUUGGUGGGAUGGAAGGUUAGGUUUUGGUGCGUGCCUUACAGAUUGUUGCAAACUGUAGAGGGUACUUUUUAUGGUUUUCCUGCAAUAAUGGUUUUCUAGCUUCUUAUCGCUUUUCCAGAACGGUAACAUUUGUGAAGUUCGCUACUAACAGUUCUAUCAACAGUUUAUCUCAUUGAGUUCUGGAUCACUGCACCUCCUCCAGAGACGAUUUUGGUUGAAGGCAAUGUCUUGCUAAAUUUGCUGCUGUGCCUCACUCUUUCCAUCUUUGAAUGAUGGACUGAGCAGUUUGAGUAAAAGACGAUGAAGUUAGUGGUUGUAAUAAGACAAAAUGUGGAAAAAGUACAAGUACAAUACUUCUGCAAGGCACUGCACUGUAUAAAACGGAAAUUAUCUUGGAAAAAACCUGAAAAGUCUCUAAUUUUAUAUUGUGUUUGUUGUUUAUCUGUAAUGUGGCUAAGUCGUGUUAAUUUUCUCGGGUGUGUGGGCUAGACUGCAGUAUUUAAAUCAGUGUUGAAAGGUAAGGGUUAAGUAAUGACUGGGGCUGGGAGGGUAUGCAAGGUAAGAGCAGAGCUUUGAAAGCCUCAGCAUGGAUUAUCAUCAGGAUCAGAGUUGUAAAUCUGAAGUGUAAUGAAUCAGGAUUAGGUGUAUGAGCUGAGAGUACUUUGACUUUUCUGUAAAGGGAUUUAUACAAAUAAGCAAAGUUCUGAUGGUUGAAUUUUUAUAAGAAGGCAUCUGAGCAUCCCUGGCGGGCCAGGUUUCUGUUCACAGAGGACAUGUUAUUACCAAGAAGGUUUCUCUUUUUUUCUGCCAUAAUGCAUGUUUGUUUCCCAUAUAUUUAAAAAAUUAUAAAAGGAUUUAUACUUUGAAAACACUUGUAUGUACCUAUGUAUAUUAACAGUUCUAUAAACAGUGUUUUAUUAAGCAAACUUUGGUGCUUUUCUGAAGUUGUCUUUAAACAGCUUUGAGAAUAUCCCUCCAUUAUGCACUGUAAUAAUACAUUUUGUUUGCAUUCAUUCUUGUUAAAACGUGAGGAGUGUUGGCAAG